AAGGACAGAAUUCCUAAGUUCACGUGAACGCACCGCCAGUCCCUGUAGGUAGGGCUGUGAACGCAGCACAAUGCGGGCUAUAACCUGUUUGUUUUGAUGACGGAGGUGAUUCGAUGGUGAUAAACAUCAACUGUUGAAUUACUUCCCCGUUAAACUGCGAGCAGAAGUUGACCGAAGUUCUCCCGAUAGUCUUCGUUCAUUUCCGGCGGCCGUAUGGCUCCUUCCCGUCCACCUGUGAGCCGGUGGUAGCAUCCCGGGCCCCGCUCCGCUGCAGGCCGCCAUGGGGACGCUCUGGUCCCGCAGAGGCAGCAGCGUCGCCCCCUCGUCCGCUUCCAGGCGCGAGGCGGGCGACGGAGACUCGGACGACGAGUCUCUGGACGGACUCGUCAGGCGCGAGGACAUUGCCCAAUUCCCGUACGUGGAGUUCACCGGCAGAGACAGCAUCACGUGUCCGACCUGUCAGGGCACCGGCCGAAUCCCCUCAGAACAAGUGAAUGAGCUGGUGGCUCUGAUUCCUUACAGCGACCAGAGGCUGCAGCCUCAGAGGACGAAGCUGUACGUGGGCCUCUCGGUUCUGCUCUGCCUCCUGGUGUCUUCACUCGUGGCCUUUUUCCUCUUCCCUCGGUCCGUGGUCGUGGAGGACGCGGGGCUGCGCUCCGUCACCGUGCGCUUUGAUCACUCCAGCAAGAAGGUCCUGAUGAACAUGACGAGCACGCUGAACUUCAGCAACCCAAACUUUUUCUCGGUGCUGGUGCAGAGCGUGAGCUGCCAGGUUCUCUACAUGAAAACGGUGGUCGGGACUCAGCAGCUGGACAACUCCACCACCGUUCUGCCGCUCAGCCAGAGUCAGCUGAACUUCACCGUCAGCGUGGAGAUCGGCAGCAGCGCUCCGUAUGUUUAUGCCUUCUGCACCAUGCCCAUCAAGGUCCACAACAUCGUCAUCUUCAUGCAAACCACCGUGAAAACCUCCUACAUGGUGAGAACGUCCCAGAACAGCCUGGAGUCGUACCGCUACAUCGACUGCGGCGCCAACACCACCUACGACCAGAUGGGGGUCCAGCGCCGGCGCCCCCCGCUGGCCUGACGCCGCGUCACCACUCCACAGUUCAGCUCCGCCUCUAAUCCUGCAAACGCUCCUCUGAGGAAAUUUUGCUCAGUGACUCACAAUAGCGCCCCCUGUCUGCAGCACUCCCGUAUCACGGAAGGAUUUGGUGUAUCUUGUUCUUUGUUUGUUCACCUUUUGUUUGUUUGUUUUCCACUCGAAGCACAUUAAUGACUUUUUAUGAGCUGAUAAGUUAAUAAAAAGUUAAAGCAGAGAUUUCAAACGAGAACAAAUUUUCCACCAUUUAAAAAGGAUUCUUAUUAUUUCCACUCCCCCACAGAGGGAGGGCACACAAACACGAGCAGAUCAGGAUGUGUUUGAAUCCGAUACGGACCAGAACUUUUAUUUAAGCUGUACUUUACUCUGAGAGCAGCCCGAGUGGAAUCAAGCUUUCCUUUUUUUAAGUUGGAAAAUGCUUUGGAAGUAAUUUAAAAUGUAUAAAAAGGGAAUAAAUAAAUUAAUUAUUGAUCACAGUG